GAAGCAGUGUGGUGGAGCAGUAUAGUGUGGUAUGAUGCUUGAUGCUGAGGGGAGCAGCAGGGGAAAGACACGAGAGCAUCCGACGGCUGUGUGAGAUAGUGUCGGACGCAGUAAAGGCAAGCGAGUGCAAGAUGCACAAGCUGGAGCGGAUGGUUGAAGACUUGUCAGAGACAAUACAGAGGUUUGAGGCGCGGCAGAACGAGUGGAUAAAGUCUCAGCACGCAACGAUGAAGCGGAUUCUGGAUGCAGUGCAGGCAGAGAGCAGAGAAGGAUCUCCAGAACGAGGAGUACGGGGCGAAAGACAAGGAAUUGGGGAGAUAGGGGAGUGUGGUGGAACGUAUAUGAAACAAAAUACACGAAAAAGGGUUCUUUUGACCGCAGAAGAGUUGGGAGAGAGAGAUAGUGGAAAAACAAGACCAAGAAAACAAAGGAAAUACAAGCCACAAAGGCAGCCAAAGAGGAUAUUUGAAAUAGAAAAAAAGAGCAGAAAACAUAUGAAAAGAAACUUUGAAUAUCGGUGGAUAUCAAUGGAUAUCGACAGAUAUAUAACAGAAUCAGAAACAAAAAAUGAAAAAGAAGUGGAGAAUCUUCGUGUGAUGCGGGCAAUGCUUGAGUCAGUGCGGAGGCUGACAGAAAAGAUUGGAGAAGAUAUUGAAAUAACAAAGGAAAACUACGAGAACAUUGCAGCGCUGGAGACAAAUAAAGGAGCACAAGCAGGAGGAGUGAGGUUGCUGUGGAUGUUGCGAGGGCAACCCUCGGGUUACCAGGCGGUUACCAGGCAUUUACCAGGCAACAGUUGCCUGGGCAUGCUGCCAUAG